AGUGAUAGAAACAUGAAGAUGUUGCUUUUCCUGUGUCUUUUAAUUGUUGGGAUUCAUUCCAACAGUUAUUGCUAUGACCCCAACCACCAAGGUGUAAGAAAUCAAAAUCAAAGAGACCAAGAAAACCAAAACACACCACAGCAGACUGUAGGGAACAGUGUUUGUCGGUUUGCCUGUUGUUUCUACAAAGAGAUUUCUUCUCGUGAAAACAGUGGGAAUAUUUUCUUCUCUCCUUUGAGCAUCUCUACUGCCUUUGCAAUGUUGACUCUGGGUGCAAGAUCAGACACUCUGACACAGAUUCUUAAGGUCCUUAGCUUUAACCCACAACAGAUUUCUGAAAAUGAAAUACAUGAAGGUUAUCGUCAACUCAUGCAAAUGGUAAACAGAAAGAAUGGGGGGUUACAGCUGAAUAUGGGAAAUGUCCUGUUUGUGCUUGACCGACUGAAGCCACAAGACAAAUUUUUAAGUAAUCUCAGAAACUUCUUUGAAGGAGAAGCUUAUCCUAUGAACUUCAAGAGGGCUGAUCAAGCCCAGAUAAAGAUCAACGAAUAUGUUGCAGGAAGAACCAAUGGGAAAAUCAAGGACCUCAUAAAUAACCUUGAUCCGCUUACCGAAAUUCUCCUUAUUAGCUAUAUUUAUUUUAAUGCUGAAUGGGAAAAACCUUUCGAUCCAAAAUACACUAAAAAGCACAAAUUCUUUGUGGAUGGGAACAAGGCUGUUGAAGUACCGAUGAUGUUUGGAAUGGGCCUGUUCAAGCAUGGCUAUGAUGACCAGCUGUCUUCCACUGUAGUGCAAAUGGAUUACAAAGGAGGUGCUUCAGCGUUUUUUAUUCUGCCUGAUAAAGGAAGAAUGAAGAAACUGGAGAAAAAAUUGUCUUGUGAACGUAUGUCAAGGUGGAAGACAUUAGUCUCAAAAAGCUCAGUAAAUCUAUAUCUUCCAAAAUUCACACUUUAUGGGACAUAUAACCUAAAAAAUAUGUUAUAUAAAAUGGGAAUCAUGGAUGUAUUCACUGAUAAGGCUGAUCUGUCUGGAAUCACUGGGCAGCCCCAGCACAGAAUUUCCCAGGCUAUCCAUAAGGCUGUGGUAAAGGUGGAUGAGACCGGCACUGAAGCAGCAGCCGCCACAGGCAUGGAAAUAGUGCCCAUGUCCAGACCAGCGAUUAUUAACUUCAACAGGCCCUUUGUAUGCGUCAUAAUUAUCAAUAAGAUUAUAGUCUUCAUGGGAAAAAUUGUGAACCCACUGCAAAAUGAUUUUGAUGUACAUAAUAGUUAA